AUGGGACAAUCUAUUAGUAAUAAUAAAAUUAUUAGUAAUAAAAAGUGUACAAUAGAAAUUAUUAAAAACAAUCAAACAAUAUUACCUGACUUAAUAUGGAAGUAUAUUGUUGAUUUAUUGUCAGAAGAUCAAUGUAGUUAUCAUCAACUGAAAUACAAUAUUUUAUCACUCUCAUUGAUAUCUCAUUAUUGGAUGGUCAAUAUAAUUGCUAAAUCAUCUCUUAGAAUAUCAACAACACAACACAAAUCAAAAUUCUUUUUAAACUUUCCUAAAUCAUUUAAAUUAUCUCUUUUAAAAUUAAAUAAUAGUAAUAAUAAUAGUGAAAAUUUCAAAUUUUAUAUUAGUAAACUUACUUUGAAGUAUAUGCACCAUUAUAUUAUAAAUAAGAAAAACAGAAUAGUACCAAUUGAAAUUGAUUGGAUGAAGGAAUAUAAAGAAGCAAUACAAUGCUAUUGGUCAUUCGAUUCGUUGACAGUAAUAGAUUUACCAAACGAUCAGGAUAUACUGAAACUCGGUGUUUUUUCAACAAUCAGAAAGUUUAGAAUCUACAGCAAUAAUAAUUUUACGAUAAUUGAUUGGUCUUUGUUUUCAAAUAUCGAGGUUCUCUCAAUUAGAAAUAAUUGUAGAUCAUAUGGAAGACCUUUCAUCCUGCCCAAUAAGGAAGAGACCGCAUACCAAUCACUUCGAUCACUCUCACUCUCUUUACAAUUCAACCACAAAUCACCAUUAACGACUCGAACAAAUGGUAUAAUCGAUAAAGAUAUCAGUGAAUUAAGUUUCAAGAAUAUUCGAUCACUUGAAUUGAAUCAUUAUCAUUUUGACAAUAUGACUGCUUCUACUUUCGAUGAAGUACCAAUAGAUCUAUCAAAGUUGUUUCCAAAUAUCGAAAGUCUCAAGCUGAAUCAUAUCUAUCAUAGGUUAAUCGGUGCAGCCAAUAGAGAUUCAUUGGUUGAACGGAAAUCACUAUUGUCAAGACUGACCGAAUUACGAUAUCUCUCCAUCACCAACGGCGAAAAGAUUUAUAAUAACAACGAAACAGAUAAUCCCUUGCAUGAAGAGUAUCACUCAGAGUACAGUCUAACUUCAUCUGUGUUCAAACUCGAUAUGGCAUCGAUCGGUCAUCAAUUGGAGACAAUCAAGAUUAAAGGAAAAUUCUCAUUGUUUGAUCAACUUUUCUCAGUGAUCGAACAACUUGUUUGUCUAAAGAGAUUGUCAAUUCCUUCGAAAGAACUCAGUCUUUCCAACCUUAAACUUUUACUUAAAUCAACAUCGCUAGUUCGUUUGACCACUCUUUUAAUGGGAAAUGUUGCUGAAGAUCGUUCAGAAACAACCAAACUAAGCAAUCAAGUGUUAGAUUAUUUCAUAAAGAAUAACAAAAACAUUAAAUACUUGAAAGUAUGUCGAUAUAGAAAGCAAGAAAGUGAAGUAUCUCUAUUGCUUAAUCUAUUGGAAAAGAGUACAGGUUUUCAAGAUAUCAGAUUUAUUUGUUAUAAUUCAGAGACAACCAACAAUUUUACACUCCCCAAUAAUAUAACAGUGUCAUUCAUCUAUGAAAGUAACUACAAACAACCAAAAAAGGGAACCAAAUCCGACUAUCUAAUGGGACAAUCUAUUAGUAAUAGUAACAAAAUCAGUGAUAAAGAGUGUACAAUAGAAAUUAUUAAAAACAAUCAAACAAUAUUACCUGACUUAAUAUGGAGGUAUAUUGUUGAUUUAUUUUCAGAAUAUCAAUGUAGAUAUCACCAAAACGAUUUCAAUGUUUUAUCACUCUCAUUGAUAUCUCAUUAUUGGUUAGUCAACAUAAUUGCUAAAUCAUCUCUUAGAAUAUCAACAACACAACACAAAUCAAAAUUCUUUUUAAACUUUCCUAAAUCAUUUAAAAUAUCUCUUUUAAAAUUAAAUAAUAAUAGUAGUAAUAAUAGUAAUAAUAGUAACGAAAAUAUAAAAUUUAAUAUCAGUAAGCUUACUUUGAAAUAUGAAAAGCUUUAUAAAUUUACAAAGAAAGACAGAUUAGUACCAAUUGAUAUUGAUUGGAUGAAGGAAUAUAAAGAAGCAAUACAAUGCUAUUGGUCAUUCGAUUCGUUGACAGUAAUAGAUUUACCAAGCGAUCAGGAUAUACUGAAACUCGGUGUUUUUCCAACAAUCAGAAAGUUUAGAAUCUACAGCAAUAAUAAUUUUACGAUAAUUGAUUGGUCUUUGUUUUCAAAUAUCGAGGUUCUCUCAAUUAGAAAUAAUUGUAGAUCAUAUGGAAGACCUUUCAUCCUGCCCAAUAAGGAAGAGACCGCAUACCAAUCACUUCGAUCACUCUCACUCUCUUUACAAUUCAGACAUAAAUCACCAUUAUCGACUCGCACAAAUGGUAUAAUCGAUAUAGAUAUCAGUGAAUUAAGUUUCAAGAAUAUCCGAUCACUUGAAUUGAAUUAUAUUCAUUCUGACGAUAUGGCAGAGAAUUCUUUCGAUGAAGUACCAAUAGAUCUAUCAAAGUUGUUUCCAAAUAUCGAAAGUCUCAAGCUGAAUCAUAUCUAUCAUAGGUUGAUCAGAGCAGCCAAUAGAGAUUCAUUGGUUGAACGGAAAUCACUAUUGUCAAGACUGACCGAAUUACGAUAUCUCUCCAUCACCAACGGCGAAAAGAUUUAUAAUAACAACGAAACAGAUAAUCCCUUGCAUGAAGAGUAUCACUCAGAGUACAGUCUAACUUCAUCUGUGUUCAAACUCGAUAUGGCAUCGAUCGGUCAUCAAUUGGAGACAAUCAAGAUUAAAGGAAAAUUCUCAUUGUUUGAUCAACUUUUCUCAGUGAUCGAACAACUUGUUUGUCUAAAGAGAUUGUCAAUUCCUUCGAAAGAACUCAGUCUUUCCAACCUUAAACUUUUACUUAAAUCAACAUCGCUAGUUCGUUUGACCACUCUUUUAAUGGGAAAUGUUGCUGAAGAUCGUUCAGAAACAACCAAACUAAGCAAUCAAGUGUUAGAUUAUUUCAUAAAGAAUAACAAAAACAUUAAAUACUUGAAAGUAUGUCGAUAUAGAAAGCAAGAAAGUGAAUGCCAAAGACAACCAACAAUUUUACACUCCUCAACAAUAAGAUUCUGCUUUGGUAGCCAAAGCCUGCCACGCUUUGCAAAGAUGAGUGUUUUAAAAAUCUUUGAUUAUUUUUCAAAGAUAAGAAUCUUUGGAGAACUUAAAAGUGUUGGUAACCAAGAGAAUUAA